AUGACCGAAUGCAUAUUCUUACUGGCGCAUCUCAGUUAUUACAUCAUUUCUCAUUACAUUCAUCUGCUUCUUCUACAUCCAGAAAGUCAUGACGAAUUGCUAGUGAUUUCUCAGAAAGAGACGGGGUGUGGCACAAGACAAUGGGAAAGCAACGCACUGAUAUUUAAUCAUCUAUGCCGAGCUUCAUCAGAACUUAAUAGCAUUUUCUCUUUCCCAACCUUAUUUAUGUUGGCAUCGAAAUUCAUCUCAGUUGUCAGCACAGCCUAUGUCUACGUUUACAGUUUCGUUCGUCCAAAUCCCGUAUUGCAAGACUACAGCAUGUCAAUGCCAUUCCUUUUUGUCACUGAUUGGGUGCGAAUUUUCAUCGCCCUUUACGCCGCGGACAUGCCCGUCAAUCAGGUUCGUCUACUUCGCGAACGCAUCAUUGCACUGUCGCAUUCUGGAACGCAAACGUUGACCGACAAAAUUAAUGCAAUGUCAAUGCUGAUGCAAACUGAUGAAAAUCGUGUACGUUUGUCUGCUGUUGGACUCUUCAACGUUGGCAUGCAUUUAAUUCCGGCCUUAACAGGAGCUGCAGUGACCUACAUGGUCAUCCUUCUUCAAAGUUAAUCAGACACUCUAAAUAUGGGCAAUGUCUUCCGAUGAAAUUGAAUUGGCAG